AUGAAGCUUUGGAGCACCCUCUUUUUAUUCUUCUCGGUCCUAUCCGGAGUUUUUGCCGCGAAGUCCUCCCCGGAUAAGUUUCAAAAAUACUCUUCGACCUCUCGUUCCGGGCCCGUUGAAUUGGAUAGUGCCUCGUUCGAGGAUCUGACAACAGCUCCUCGUGAUUACUAUGCUGCAGUCAUUCUGACUGCUAUGGAUGCUCGCUAUGGCUGCCUGAUGUGCAGGGAAUUUGAUUCGGAAUGGGACUUGAUCUCUCGGAGCUGGAACAAAGGCUCCAAGCUUGAUGGCUUGAAGGUGGUUUUCGGUACUCUGGAUUUCGACCAGGGAAAAGCAGUUUUCCAGAAGUAUAUGCUCCAAACGGCACCCGUCUUACUCCUGUUUCCCCCCACGGUAGGACCUUUUGCUAAAGUGGAGACGGAACCGGUGAGAUUUGAUUUCACAGGUCCAAUCUCCGCCGAUCAACUUUAUUCAUGGAUCGGUCGUCACCUACCCGAGGGACCGAAGCCCGCCUUGGUUCGACCUGUCAACUAUAUGCGCAUCGUCUCCGGCAUUACCAUUCUCAUGGGCGCUGUCACCUUGUUGACGGUGCUCUAUCCCUAUGUGCUGCCAGUCAUCCAAAACCGGAAUCUCUGGGCUGCUGUUAGUCUGAUUGCCAUUCUUCUGUUCACCAGCGGUCAGAUGUUCAAUCACAUUCGGAAAGUUCCCUAUGUUGCUGGGGACGGUCGCGGGGGGAUCAGUUACUUUGCUGGGGGUUUCCAAAAUCAAUUUGGCAUGGAGACCCAGAUUGUGGCUGCUAUCUAUGCGAUUUUGUCGUUUGCCACUAUUGCACUUGCAUUGAAGGUGCCCCGAAUGGAAGAUGUCAAGGGACAGCAAUUGGCAGUGUUGAUCUGGGGAGGUGUUCUCUUUGGGACAUACAGUGUGCUCCUCAGUGUGUUCAAGAUCAAGAACGGAGGCUAUCCCUUCUAUCUUCCUCCAUUCUAG